AUGAAUCCAGGUAGCUAUCGUCUCUCAAGACAGGUUCUCCAGUAAAUGAUUGAUCAAGAGUACGACGAAUUAUUCAAUCAAAAUGAAACCAUCUAUAAUACUCAAGUUCAAGGGCAGUCCUAUUCAUAACAGUCUUAAAGAAACAUUGAUGAAUUAUUUACAACCACUCUAAGUGAACCUCUUAAAAAGAUGCAUGCUUCAUAUCUCAGAUCAGUAGCCAAGAACUGCUAUCAAGAGAAGCAUCUUGACGACCACUUCCCCAAUCUCCAACAAGUAGAACUAUGCAGAGAACUUGAGAGACAAAAGAUUAUGGGAAAGUUUGAAAAAUAUCACGCCUUAGCAAGAGAUUCAAGCAAAUUUAAAUAUCAAGAUUGCAUAUUCGCUGCAAACAAUAACCUUAACAGAGCAAUCGCAUGCAUUGAGGAGUAUGUUGAUAACACCAAGAAUGACAAUAAUAUCAUAGCUGCUCAAUUCAAGAUUGACUAUCCCAAUUUCGCAUGA